AUGGCGCAGCGAGAGCCGAUCCAAGGUUUUAUGGAUGAAGAACCGGUCGCCUACGGUGAAGGCCCUUUCCAAUACAUGGUCGCCUUCAGCGCCUUCGCAGCCACGACGGUCUUCCUGACUCACGCGUUCAGCUUUCGAAUAACGGCGCGCUCCAUGGACCACUGGUGCCGGCCACCGGACUACCUCUCCAACAUGACCGAUGCCUCCUGGAAGGAGAUGGCCAUCCCCAAGGACGACACAGGCACCCACCAAAGCUGCACGGUUCUCGACCCUCCCAACAUCGCCGACCCAUUAGCCGUUCCCAUACCCUGCUCGUCGUGGCACUUUGACCUGGAGGAGUACGGCAACACCAUUGUCAGCCAGUGGAGCUUGGUCUGCCAGCGACAAUGGCUCGUCAUGCUAGCCGUGGCCUUGUACUCCACCUCACCCAUCCUCGGGCUGCCGAUUAUGGGCAUGGCCGCUGACACGUACGGCCGGAAGACCGUCAUCUACGUGGCACUGCCCGUUGUCGUCGUGGCCGCAGCGGCAAGCAGCAUGACCAGAUGGUUCGCUGUCUUUGUCUUGACUCGAGUGGUGGUCUCCGUGACGUCGACAUCCAUUCUUGUCAUCGUUUUCGCGCUCCUUUUCGAGGUGUCCUCGGGCAAUCGGCGGGUCGAAUACUGGCUCGUGAGCACGGCGCUUGCCUACGUCAGCCUUCCCGUGGUUUUCUUCGUGGCGAACUCGCUCAAGCUAGACUGGGACGAAUUCUACCGCUGGCUUGCGGCCCUUACCUGCGUGCUGUUGCUCUUCUACUUCACUGUGGAUGAAUCACCUCGCUGGCUUCUCGUGAAGUGGAAAGUUCACAAGGCCGAGCGCGUCGCACUGAGGGCCGCUCGCCUGAACGGUGUCCCUGCACGAGAUUGCCUCGGUAAGCUCGACACGGGGGGCGCCGAGCUUCCGAAAGUCGAAGCUGGACUAAGGCGUAGGAUUUUGUCAUCUGCGGCUACCACCUGA